UUGAAUUGAAGGAUCUUUUAAUUAAUUCAUUUUCUGUCUUACAUUUUCUCUUCUCUCAAUUGUAUUUGAUUUCUCUCUCAUUUUACAGGCCGGUUGGUCGUUCCCCAACGCCAAAAGACACAAUGUCGAACGCCGCAUCUGGAAUGUCUGUGCAUGACGAAUGUAAACUCAAGUUUCUGGAAUUAAAAGCAAAGCGAAACUUCCGUUAUAUCAUCUACAAGAUUGAUGAUCAACAAGUAGUUGUUGACAAGCUCGGGGGCCCUGAUGAAACUUACGAUGAUUUCACCAAUUCUCUCCCAGCUGAUGAAUGCCGCUAUGCUAUCUAUGAUUUUGAUUUCACCACUUCUGAGAAUUGCCAGAAAAGCAAGAUCUUCUUUGUUGCGUGGUCACCGGAUACAUCUAGGGUGAGAAUGAAGAUGGUGUACGCAAGCUCCAAGGAUAGAUUCAAGAGAGAAUUGGAUGGAAUCGGAGCUGAGUUGCAAGCAACUGAUCCCAGUGAGAUGAGUCUCGACGUUGUAAAAUCCCGAGCAAUCUGAAAAUCUUGAAUAACUCAUGCAUAUAAUGUCCAAUAUGCCUCAUUACCAUUCUUAAUAUUUGUCAAAUGAGGCUUGUAUAUUUCUGUUUCCCAUCUACAUAUGUUAUUUAUUAAGUAAUAUAGUACACUCGAUGUCCUUUGAGUGAAUAUACUUUGUUUGUUUGGUUUUGGUAAUAACAAUGUAGCCUAAUUCUGUUUUCUUC